ACCUACCCCUUUCCUAUCUCUAUCCUAACAUGCCAAUCAAACGAGGCCUAAAGCCUUAAAUUGUAGUUGCAAAUUUUGAUAUGAAUAGUCAAAUAAGAACUCUGCAGUCUGCACAAACCAUUAUUUAUUUGUGUUCUUUAGUCUUCCCCCAGUUUAUUUUGUAGAGAGAUAGAUAAUGUCAAGAACCGAUAAAGUUAGUUUAGUUCGUUGUCCCAAGUGUGAGAAAAUAGUGACAGAUUUCUGUAUUUCUCGAUGUGGCGGUUGUGGCGCUAUCCUCCGUCGCCCUUCAAGCCCUCCUCAAACCAAGACCAUUUCUUCUGCACCUUCAGCUUCUUCUGAAAGCAGUAGUUCUCCAUACUCGUUUGACGAAUUUACUUUUCCAUUUUCAACUGAAGAUCUACUUCAAUCUAGUGCUUGGCAGGGUUGGGAGUGGGACCCUCCCCAAAAUUCACGAUACAUAUCCAGAUGGAGAGUGGUGAAGCACGCCGUCGUGGCAACCCUAAGAUUGCACCGAUUGGGGACGGAUCGAAAUUGGAACAAGACGGUGCCUAACUUGCCUGAUUUUGACUUGAAACCAAUAAUUGAAGCAUCCGGCACCGGCAAGGUCUACAGAGUUGUCCAUCGGCACACCGGCCUCACCUACGCCUUGAAGGAAUUCCGCGAUGAUUCCUCCCAACGCCAACAAAUCAGCGCCGAUGUCCAGAUCCUCAAGGAAUUGGAUCAUCCCAACCUCGUCAAAUGCUACGACGUCGUUUUUGGUGAUGCCGGUGUGAGUUUCCUCCUCCUCGAGCCCUUGGAUCGCGGAUUUUCCAACGUCACUUGUAAAUUCGAUCUGCUUACUUUUGCUUACCAACUUCUUUUGGGCUUGAAUUUCCUCCACCGGAAUAGAAUCUGGCAAUGGGAUAUCAAACUCUAUAAUAUUUUCGUCGAUCAUACCGGCCAAGUCAAGCUCUUGUAUUUAGGGAAGACUUUGUCUAACACGACGCCGUUUUCUCCUGAAAUUGGAGCAAUACAUGAUGAAUUCUCUUGGGAUGUAUGGAGUGUGGGGUUGUGUAUUCUCAAAUUGGGCAAAUCGUCUGGCAGAUUCAGUGAAAUUGAAGAUGUUCAGGAACAGCCAUCGACGGAGCUGCUGAGGUUUCUCUCAGCUUGUAUGCAGGCAGAUGUAUUGAAGAGAUGAACGGCUGAACAACUUGUUCACCAUCCCUUCUUUGAUCAGAUUUCACACAAGAAAGAGCUUCAAUUGAACAAAGAGAUUCAACUUCCAUCAAUAAACGAAGAGAAGGAUCUAUUUAAUCCAAGAGAGGAACUGAUGACUCCUGUAAAGAAAAACCCAGAAUUUCUACUGAGGAUGAGGAUAGAGUAUAUAAUCUGGAAACUCCAAAACAUUCAACCACUCAUGAAGUUCCUGAAAGCUGCAUUGAACAUUGCAAUCUGUUUCUUCCUGAUUGUGAAUUCGAAAAGGAUAAAUUGGUAAGGAUGUGGAUAGCUGAAGAAUGCUUUGAAUUGGGAGCGACUAAAAGAAUGGAGGAUGUAGGUAACUUGUAUUUUGAUGCUUUGAUCGAGAGGGAAGUUAUUGUACCUUCCAAGUUUGAUACUAUUCUCUGGCAGACAAUGUACAAAUUUAAUACAUCUCAUGUGCCAGAUGGACUCCUUAAACAAGGUAACUAUUUGAGGACCACUCCAAGUAAUAUGAAUGAGAUUGACAGCGAGGCAUUACAUCUGACAUGGAAGUGUAAGACGAUUGAUCGAAGCUUUUCUGAUGCUCUGAAAAAUUCAAACAGUUGCAUACGCUUGUUGUGCAUGGGGAUCGUUGUGUUGUCACUGGCCAACUUCCCAGCGACUUCUUUUUGGGUUUAAAGCUUUUAAGAACGUUGGAUUUGAGUCGCACUCAUAUAGCAGAGGUCCCAGGUUCAAUUGGAAAGUUGGAAUCACUGCGAUACCUUGACAUGUCUGGGACUCCCAUCCAGCGGCUGCCUGAAUCAGUUGAUCGCCUCCACCGUCUCCAAACUCUAAAUCUGAAAUAUUGUGUUGGAAUUUCUGCUUUACCAAGAGGAUUGGGGAAGUUAGUUGAACUUCGCCAUCUAGACCUCGACAUUAUUAGUCAAUUGAAGUCCAUGCCCAGAGGGAUGGGAAAUCUAGUAAAGCUUCAAACUUUACAAGCAUUUAUUGUUGGGAGAGAGAAUGAUGGAUGCGGCAUAGGUGAGCUGAAAAACAUGAAUGAGAUUUCAGGGUCUUUUUGUAUAUCAAUGCUUGAAAAUGUCUCUGGUGCAGAGGAAGCAAGGGAAGCUGUACUAUUGCAUAAAACAUAUAUCGACAAGCUGGAGUUACGAUGGAAUGAUUGUGGAGAUGCCGACUCCCAGGAUACAGCUGAAAUAUUAGAAUCCCUGCAACCACAUUAUCACCUGAAAGAGUUAUUGCUGUCAUUUUAUGGUGGAUCAAGAUUUCCAAGCUGGAUGAGCAACCCAUUCUAUACCGAUCUUGUGACCAUGACUCUGUACAGGUGUAUAAGUGUGCUAUCCUGCCCUCCAUUGGGGAGCUUCCGUCUCUCAAGAUUCUCAAAAUUUUCCACAUGGAAAAUGUGAGGAACAUCAGCACACUGUUCUGCAGGAAUAUUGUAACUACAGUGGUUAAUGCAUUUCCAAGGCUGGAGGAAUUGACUCUUGAGGGCAUGUCUGCCCUUGAAGAAUGGACAGGAGUCGAGGAUGGUGAUUUCCCCUGCCUUGCCCAAGUUUCCAUAAGAUAUUGCCCGGAACUUCGUCUUCUUCCAUUGUCGCAGCUCUCCUCUCUUGAGCGCUUGGAAAUAAGCCAUUGCAAGCAACUGAUUUCUUUGACGGAAGGGUCAUUGCCUGAUUCGCUUGAUUCUCUAAUAAUAAGAUGCUGCCCAGGAAUAAACGAGAGGUGUCGCAAGGAUGGAGUAGAUUGGCCAAAGAUUGCUGCUGUUAGAAACAUAUGGAUUGAUUUUGAAAAUUUAGGUUUAGAUUAGGGCUUGCAGUCCAUGCUUUCUUUCUGCCACAUUUGUGAGGAACUGAGCUCGUGUUAUUUAUCCAAUUUUUUUUCGA